AUGGUGCUGCUGGCUCAGGCUUCCCUCCAGGAACGCGACCGUCGCUGUGUGUACCGAAACCAUGGCAACGCGUUGACCACACCCCCCUUCCCGGGCGAGCCGCGGCGCCCUCACGUCACUCCGACGCGGUGGAGCUGUCAAUCAGCAGCCUGGGCGGGGCGGGGCGGGGCGGGGCCAGAGCUCAUUCACAUGGCCAUCGCCAGGCGGGCUGUCAGUGCUUGUGAAUGGGGGAGCUGGUUUGUUGGGGUUCGCUGCAGCCCCCCCCCCCCCCCCCCCCCCCCCCCCCCCCCCCCCCCCCCCCCCCCCCCACCCCCCCCCCCCCCCCCCCCCCCCCCCCCCCCCCCCCCCCCCCCCCCCCCCCCCCCCCCCCCCCCCCCCCCCCCCCCCCCCCCCCCCCCCCCCCCCCCCCCCCACCCCCCCCCCCCCCCCCCCCCCCCCCCCCCCCCCCCCCCCCCCCCCACCCCCCCCCCCCCCCCCCCCCCCCCACCCCCCCCACCCCCCCCCCCCCCCCCCCCCCCCCCCCCCCCCCCCCCCCCCCCCCCCCCCCCCCCCCCCCCCCCCCCCCCCCCCCCCCCCCCCCCCCCCCCCCCCCCCCCCCCCCCCCCCCCCCCCCCCACCCCCCCCCCCCCCCCCCCCCCCCCCCCCACCCCCCCCCCCCCCCCCCCCCCCCCCCCCCCCCCCCCCCCCCCCCCCCCCCCCCCCCCCCCCCCCCCCCCCCCCCCCCCCCCCCCCCCCCCCCCCCCCCCCCCCCCCCCCCCCCCCACCCCCCCCCCCCCCCCCCCCCCCCCCCCCCCCCCCCCCCCCCCCCCCCCCCCCCCCCCCCCCACCCCCCCCCCCCCCCCCCCCCCCCCCCCCCCCCCCCCCCCACCCCCCCCCCCCCCCCCCCCCCCCCCCACCCCCCCCCCCCCCCCCCCCCCCCCCCCCCCCCCCCCCCCCCCCCCCCCCCCCCCCCCCCCCCCCCCCCCCCCCCCCCCCCCCCCCCCCCCCCCCCCCCCCCCCCCCCCCCCCCCCCCCCCCCCCCCCCCCCCCCCCCCCCCCCCCCCCAACCCCCCCCCCCCCCCCCCCCCCCCCCCCCCCCCCCCCCCCCCCCCCCCCCCCACCCCCCCCCCCCCCCCCCCCCCCCCCCCCCCCCCCCCCACCCCCCCCCCCCCCCCCCCCCCCCCCCCCCCCCCCCCCCCCCCCCCCCCCCCCCCCCCCCCCCCCCCCCCCCCCCCCCCCCCCCCCCCCCCCCCCCCCCCCCCCCCCCCCCCCCCCCCCCCCCCCCCCCCCCCCCCCCCCCCCCCCCCCCCCCCCCCCCCCCCCCCCCCCCCCCCCCCCCCCCCCCCCCCCCCCCCCCCCCCCCCCCCCCCCCCCCCCCCCCCCCCCCCCCCCCCCCCCCCCCCCCCCCCCCCCCCCCCCCCCCCCCCCCCCCCCCCCCCCCCCCCCCCCCCCCCCCCCCCCCCCCCCCCCCCCCCCCCCCCCCCCCCCCCCCCACCCCCCCCCCCCCCCCCCCCCCCCCCCCCCCCCCCCCCCCCCCCCCCCCCCCCCCCCCCCCCCCCCCCCCCCCCCCCCCCCCCCCCCCCCCCCCCCCCCCCCCCCCCCCCCCCCCCCCCCCCCCCCCCCCCCCCCCCCCCCCCCCCCCCCCCCCCCCCCCCCCCCCCCCCCCCCCCCCCCCCCCCCCCCCCCCCCCCCCCCCCCCCCCCCCCCCCCCCCCCCCCCCCCCCCCCCCCCCCCCCCCCCCCCCCCCCCCCCCCCCCCCCCCCCCCCCCCCCCCCCCCCCCCCCCCCCCCCCCCCCCCCCCCCCCCCCCCCCCCCCCCCCCCCCCCCCCCCCCCCCCCCCCCCCCCCCCCCCCCCCCCCCCCCCCCCCCCCCCCCCCCCCCCCCCCCCCCCCCCCCCCCCCCCCCCCCCCCCCCCCCCCCCCCCCCCCCCCCCCCCCCCCCCCCCCCCCCCCCCCCCCCCCCCCCCCCCCCCCCCCCCCCCCCCCCCCCCCCCCCCCCCCCCCCCCCCCCCCCCCCCCCCCCCCCCCCCCCCCCCCCCCCCCCCCCCCCCCCCCCCCCCCCCCCCCCCCCCCCCCCCCCCCCCCCCCCCCCCCCCCCCCCCCCCCCCCCCCCCCCCCCCCCCCCCCCCCCCCCCCCCCCCCCCCCCCCCCCCCCCCCCCCCCCCCCCCCCCCCCCCCCCCCCCCCCCCCCCCCCCCCCCCCCCCCCCCCCCCCCCCCCCCCCCCCCCCCCCCCCCCCCCCCCCCCCCCCCCCCCCCCCACCCCCCCCCCCCCCCCCCCCCCCCCCCCCCCCCCCCCCCCCCCCCCCCCCCCCCCCCCCCCCCCCCCCCCCCCCCCCCCCCCCCCCCCCCCCCCCCCCCCCCCCCCCCCCCCCCCCCCCCCCCCCCCCCCCCCCCCCCCCCCCCCCCCCCCCCCCCCCCCCCCCCCCCCCCCCCCCCCCCCCCCCCCCCCCCCCCCCCCCCCCCCCCCCCCCCCCCCCCCCCCCCCCCCCCCCCCCCCCCCCCCCCCCCCCCCCACCCCCCCCCCCCCCCCCCCCCCCCCCCCCCCCCCCCACCCCCCCCCCCCCCCCCCCCCCCCCCCCCCCCCCCCCCCCCCCCCCCCCCCCCCCCCCCCCCCCCCCCCCCCCCCCCCCCCCCCCCCCCCCCCCCCCCCCCCCCCCCCCCCCCCCCCCCCCCCCCCCCCCCCCCCCCCCCCCCCCCCCCCCCCCCCCCCCCCCCCCCCCCACCCCCCCCCCCCCCCCCCCCCCCCCCCCCCCCCCCCCCCCCCCCCCCCCCCCCCCCCCCCCCCCCCACCCCCCCCCCCCCCCCCCCCCCCCCCCCCCCCCCCCCCCCCCCCCCCCCCCCCCCCCCCCCCCCCCCCCCCCCCCCCCCCCCCCCCCCCCCCCCCCCCCCCCCCCCCCCCCCCCCCCCCCCCCCCCACCCCCCCCCCCCCCCCCCCCCCCCCCCCCCCCCCCCCCCCCCCCCCCCCCCCCCCCCCCCCCCCCCCCCCCCACCCCCCCCCCCCCCCCCCCCCCCCCCCCCCCCCCCCCCCCCCCCCCCCCCCCCCCCCCCCCCCCCCCCCCCCCCCCCCCCCCCCCCCCCCCCCCCCCCAUGCCCGGCGGCGGCGGCGCAUGUGCAGAACGGCCGGGAGGAGACGCAUGCGCACUGCCAGGCUGCGGCGAUGCCGCCGCACCUGUUGCGACCCGGAAGGGCCGGUUGCCAGGUGAGGGAGCGGCGCCAGGGCCGGGCCGGGCCGGGCCGGGCCGGGGUCGCUGA